AUGGCUGAAUUUAAUGUUUCAUACAGGAAGGCUAUGGCAAUGUAUGUACCGCCCGAAACACCUACUUAUGUGCCAACUCAAUCGCCAAUGCCCCGUUUAGGUAAUUUAAAUAAGAUGCCUCAAUUGCCGGAACCUAUCCCAGGAACCACAAAUAAGUUUUUUAGCAAUAUUUUGCCGGUUCAGGAGAAUUCUACACCAGUUACUUACGCACAGGCCGUGUCAUCGAGCCCCAUUAACAAGAACAAACUGGACAGUCGGGGAGAAAAAUCUGUUCGAAAUGACACAACUAAGAAGAUUAAGAAGAGAAUUCAAGAACCUAAUUUAGAAGAGUAUAUACAUGACGGCAAUAUGUCGACAGAGUCUGAAAGUAGUGUAUGUGAUCAACCAGUGUCUGAACAAAACAAAAAAAAGAAUCGUAAUGUACAAUCUGAUAUUCCUUUCUUUAAUUUAUUAAGCCAACUUAAAAGUUUUAUCUCUAAUGAGAGUAAUGAGCCUUUAAAAAGUAGAAUCGAGAAUGUAGUGCACUUAUUUUUUGAAUGGAUAAUCACAUGGAUAUUUAAAAAUAUCUCGAACUUGUCUUUUUUACAAAAUUUACUCGGUAAUAAUAGGUAA